GACCGUCAAUGGUAACGUUACACGUGUUGAGAUAUGGCUCGAGAAAUGAGAAAUUAUAUUUUUGUUAUGAUCGUGCAACAUUACGGUAAUUAUUGGUUAUAUGAUUUCGAUUGGUGAAAUGGUAACGAUAAAAAAAAUUAAUUAAAAAUUAAUUAGAGAAAAGAAGAAAAGAGAUAAAUGCUCGUUAUUUUAACUCGUCAUGGAUUUAAGAUAUUAAUUCCAGUUUUCGUGAAAAUAUAUAAUAUAUGAGAUUUAUUCAAGUUUUAUAUUUACAUUUUGGAAAUUUGAGUCAAAUAACCUCAGAAAGUGAGAUAUUAAAAUUAAAAAUAACAUUUAAUUUAUAUAUAUAUAAUUUUAGUGUUUUUAAUACUACGAUAAUGAUAUAAAGUAUCGAAUAUAAUGUAAAGAAACGAUUAAAUGAUUUUAUUUUUUUCAAAAUACAUUAAUGCAAUAGAACAUUUACAGAUAAUACAUAUUUAUCUUGUAUUAUUAUUUGCAUGAAAUGAUCUUUGACAUUGAACAAAUAAAUAUUUUAAAUCUUGAAUUUAUAUCAUAAUAAAAAAUCUUAAAAAUCGUUCAUGAAGAUAAAAUUAACUCCAAAUAAUCAUUAUUAUAUUUAAUCACCCUAAAUAUAAUUAUAUAAUUUUUAUGAACAAAUAAUUUGUUCAAUUUGAUAAAAUUAAAAAUAUCUUUAAAAAGUUAUUUUAUUUUAAUUAAGGUGUACUAUAUAAAAUUUCAAUUUAAUUUCCGUUAUAUAUUUUUUUUUAUCAAAUACUGUUUUAUCGACACAGUAGAAAACGAAGCAAAAUAGAUGGCAGCACCUCCCGGCCAGCUGCUCGACUAUGCGUAUUGAUUAUCGUAGGUGGAGGUAAAGUCGGCGGGAAAAUCAAUAUUACUUUACGCCGGCGAUACACCAUUUUCGUCGUAAAAAUUUUCGCGAGCAAUCGACACACGUCAUACGCGAUUUUCCUCGACAGUGAAUCAGUCUCUUCCACGUUAAACUCUUAAGAAGCCAAUUGACACGAAGUUACAACAGCUACAAUGUAGCUCUAAAACCGAAACGCGAACGCGAUUGUUUUUUCCGCUUCAGCAAAGAUUUCUUUUCACCGCUUUUACCGCAGUGUCUAUAUUUCAUUUUCUCCAUAACACGGACUUAACACUUAACAAUAUAACGAUACCCGUAUCGAACAAACAUCGCGAAUUCUUCUUAAAACUAUCUUCUUAAAACUACUUAAAACCAUUGCUAUUCGUGUAAAUAUAAUACAGUGAUCAAUAAUUAAAUACAUAAUCACCAUUAUUCGAUACACCAACCAAAAUUACCAAUGAAACGUCGAGUCAGCUGAUUAAAAUUCUCAAGAGCAAACCAACAAUCUCUAGCAAGAAACGAUCGAAUUGGGACAUCGGAGUGGCAAGAAAGAUCAUCGAGAUAAUAGUAAAGUAAUCAAACAACUCUGAUCACAGAACUCGAAUCAAAAUAAUUAUUCCUUCUCGGGAGAAAUCGAAUAUUUUUUGGAAAGUUACAUAUAAAAAGGAAGAAAAGAAACGUUCGAUACUGGGAAGCGAUCGAUAACGAGAAGAGAGACCAGUUCCAGUUAACCCAAACACAAGUACUCCGUGUGCGGAGCGGCUUAAAGGGAUCCAUUGUUACGAUUUCUUCUAUGCGGCAAGAAUCCCAGAACGGUCUGAAGAUCAGACCAGCGGGUGACCACGGUGUGCAUCACGGUGGUGUCAUGCUUGAGGAAGACAUGGCUGGCGCCCAGGAUACUAUAUACCUGUGCAACUUCCGUGUGUCGGUGGACGGCGAGUGGCUGUGCCUGAAAGAGCUUCAGGAUGUCGAGUUCUCGUUGCACGACUCGAUCCAACGAUCCCCCUCACCACCGCUUGCGCUAAGUGGUAUUAACCAUCAUCAUCAUCAUCAUCAUCAUCAUAACGAUCAUCACCGCCAGCAACAGCUUCCCGAACAGCGAGAGCUUCGCGAUAUAAUGCCGUCAAGCCCACCGCCAUUGCAGCACGUUUCCAGCUUGUCACGAGAUCCAGUGAUCAUCGAGAGGAGUAACCUCGUUAAUAUCUCGAAAUUAAUCGUGAAGGAGCUGAUCGAAACGUCUUUGAAGUAUGGUCGAAUGCUCGACUCUGAUCAUAUGCCAUUGCAACAUUUCUUCAUCGUUCUUGAACACGUGCUUAGGCACGGUUUGCGACCAAAGAAGGGUCUCCUUGGACCCAAGAAGGAGCUUUGGGAUAUACUACAGCUCGUUGAGAAAUAUUGCCCCGAAGCGCAGGACAUUACGUCCAGUAUUCGUGAUCUACCUACUGUUAGGACCGCCAUGGGUAGGGCGAGAGCAUGGUUGCGUAUGGCGUUAAUGCAGAAAAAGUUGGCGGAUUACUUAAAAGUUUUGAUCGAUCACAAAGAGGACAUACUGUCCGAGUAUUUCGAGCCUGAUGCUCUGAUGAUGAGCGAGGAGGCGAUCGUUAUAAUGGGCCUGUUGGUGGGUUUGAACGUGAUCGAUUGCAAUUUCUGCGUAAAGGAGGAAGACCUCGAUUGUCAACAAGGGGUGAUCGAUUUUUCAUUGUAUCUGCGGAACAGCAAUCAUAUACCUGGUGAAUCCCCAGACGACGAGCUGGAAAAUGACAACAUGACCACCGUGCUCGAUCAGAAAAAUUACAUCGAGGAGCUGAACCGACAUUUGAACGCGACUGUGACCAACCUUCAAGCUAAAGUGGAAUCAUUGACAACGACGAACGCUCUUAUGAAGGAGGAUCUCUCUAUCGCUAAAAAUAAUAUACUGUCCCUUCACGAGGAGAAUAGACAAUUGAAGAAAGAGUUAGGAAUCGAGAUCAAAGACACGAACGAGAAUGGGAAACCACCGAUCAAAAUCACUGAAACGACCACGGAAAUCGAGGAGUUGAGAAGUAGAUUAGAGGCUGAAAAGAAAAUGCGGCAGGAUGUAGAGAAGGAAUUAGAGUUGCAGAUGAGCAUGAAGUCGGAAAUGGAAGUGGCUAUGAAACUGUUGGAGAAAGAUAUUCACGAGAAACAAGACACGAUUAUAUCGUUGCGACGACAACUCGAUGAGAUCAAAUUAAUUAACUUGGAAAUGUAUAAAAAGCUACAGGAGUGCGAAGGCUCGCUUAAGCAUAAAACAGAACUGAUCACUAAAUUGGAGGCUAAGACGCUAUCGAUGACUGAGACCAUCCAGAAAAUGGAUGAGAAGUGCAAGGAAAUCGACGACGUGAAAUCAGGAGCGGUGGAGAGGGUGAAGAUUUUGGGCGCCGAGGCUGCAGAGAGGGAGGCGAGGGCGAAUGGGGUCGAGAGGGAAUUGCGACUCGAACGUGAAUGGCGGACCUCCUUACAGGAAGCAUCGAUCUCUAACGCGGAGAAGAUCUCUCAAUUACAUCAGGAAAUCGAUCAGUUGAGGCGGGUGUCCGAGAAAUACCUGGCCCUGCAGGAGGAGCAUUACGCGUUGAGGGAGAUCUGCACCGAGCAGGAGAGAACUCUGGAGGAACUUGGGGGACAAUUGAGCGUCGCGAAAUUGGCGGCCGUCGAAUUAAGGGAGGCCGCUGACAACGCUCAACAGCAUCACCAGCACCACCAGCAGCAGGAGGGCGCGGCGACCUGGGCGAACGAUCGGCUGGUCACCCACUGCAAGAGCUGCAACCGUGAGUUCAACAUCACUCGUCGCAAGCACCAUUGUAGAAACUGCGGCAAGAUCUUCUGCAACGCUUGCAGCGACAACACCACGUCCCUGCCGAAUUCAUCGAAACCUGUACGCGUGUGCGACGAGUGUUACGUGUUCCUGGUCGGUCGUUACACGUGUGCACGCUAACGUCCCAUGACCGGUUGUCCAUCGGCUCGACGUGGCCGAUUUACCCGAGAACGAGAACGGGCAAACAAUGGAAGAAAGAAUCUAUCCUGCGCAUAUACUCUCUCUUUCUCUCUCUCUCACACACGCAUACACACGUAAACACGUAAGAUGUUUCCGCUGUCCUCGAAGAUCGCUUCCUUCUUCGACGCCGCUCAUUUUCGAUUCGGCGCACGAGGUUUGUUGUUCGAAAAGGUGUCGACCGGCGAACCUGCAUCGCCUCGAGUCCAAUUCCUUUCAUCGCAAUAUCAUCGUGCGACGUUUUGUAAAAGAUUCGGGAAAUAUAAAGACGACGAGAGGGAUGGCCGGCCGCCAUUUUGUCGCGCGACGAAAGCCUCCAGACUUUCCGUCGAGAUGGAAAAAGUGUUUGCAUUUUAUAUUUUGACGAGGUAAUUUUGGGUAUAUUCGGUUGGGUGGCCUGUUUUUUCGUGACUGCAGUGUGUAUCUUGACGUAUAAGGGAGAAUGUGAUUGGGACGAAAGGAAACGUUUUGGAAAGUGAUCGUAUUGAGAAAAUUGUUGUUAUUAUUAUUAUUAUUAUUAUUAUUAUUAUUAUUAUUAUUAUAUUAAGAUUAGAAUUUUUGUAAGUAGGGGACAUUUGAAGGUCGGAGUUGUUUUUUAAAAGUAGAAUUAUAAUAUUCGCUUUUAUCGUAUUGUUAUAAAUAUUAUAUAUGUUAUUUUAAUUAUAAAUAUAAAUUUUUUAAUGCAUGAAUUAAUUUCGUUAUAUUUCGUGGAAAAGUGAAGAUUAUAUUUUAUAAAUGGAAUGUUAAAAGCAAGAAAAAUACUUGACAAAAAGUGUUAUCAGAUUUACUGAAAAAAAGUAUUAAAUAUAUAGUAUGUAUGAAUACGUGGUAUCAACAUGAUGGAUGUCCUGCUCGUUGUGCUAGGAUAUCGAGAGAAACGUCAAAUAAUAGUUUUCUGUUAUCGUUUUACCAUUAUUAUUCUGCAAAGAAAUAACGUGUAAGAAAAAGAAAUAUGUAUAUUUUAAAUAGUUACGUGAGCUGUAUUUUUCAAUAUUUUAAUUAAUGCAUUAUUUUUGACGAUUUGAUAAUCGAAAAUUAAAUAAGUUUGAAUUCUUUUGAUAUGUGUCACUUUUCACCCAAUCAUCGAAUCCGAGAAUUGAAAUACUUUUCAAAGCAAUAGUUUUUCGAUUUAAAUUAAAUUUAGUAUUUCAUUUUAUGAAGAAUGAUGAACUGAAUUGAUUCAUGUAUUGAAAAAUGUAAAAUUUUAUUUAGAAAAAAAUUUGACUUUGAAAUGUCUUCUAUCGAAUGUUUAUUUAUAAAAAUUUAACUCUUGUCUGAAACAUUUUUAUGCAAUCAAAAUUUUUGAUAUUUCAAAUUUCAAUCUUAAGUGUCUUAUUCUAUAGAGUUCAGAAUUAGCUAAUUAAAAAAGUUUUAUCUGUGAUUUUUUAUGAUAGAAAAAUAUUCUAUGAGUAAUUGAAAAUAAAAUAAAAUUAUUUUUUUUGUAUUAAUUAAUAAAAUAUUAAAAUAAUAUAAAGAUAAAUAAAAAUAAUGAAUAUACAGUUCAUAUGAAUUAUUAAUAUUUUAGCAAUGAGCAAAGUUGUAGAACAUUGAAGAUUUUAUUUCAUCUUUCAAAAAUAGUGAUUUUUAUAAAAGUAUUAUAAUGAUACCACUGAGAAGAAGGUAUUUUGUGUGUAUUGUUAAAAAUAUUUUUUUUUUAUAUUUUACUAUAUUUACUUUCUAUCAUAAAGAAACAACAGAAAUUUUUUAAUUAUCUGAUCGUUUCCGUAUUAAAAUUGUAUUUUAUUAUAUCAUUAUAUGAAUUGUUAACAAAACUUAUAUUAUAGCAAAAUAUUUAUAAAGAAAAAAAAUAAAAGAAAUAUUUAUAAAGAAAAAGAAUUAAAAAAUAUGUAUGAUUCAGUCCAACUUCAAUUUGGAUAAAAUUUUGUAAAUUUGAAAAACAUUUAAAAGUAUCCAAGUAUGAAUUUCUUUUAAUUGAAAUCGUCUUUCAAAUUUCCAAAUUUUUAAAAUUUUUAAAAUCAUGUAUUAUACAAUUUUCGUUAAAAGAAUUUUUUCAUUCCUUCUUACAAUUUUUACUUGUUCUUCAAGCCUACAAAAUUUUACCGAAAAGCUGGACCGUUUGCGAUAUCUCCUUGUCAAUGUUGACUAUCCAAUGAUUAAUAAAGACAUUUUUUUAUUAAAAACUUAAUUAAUUCUGGCACAAAGGACAACAAGUUCGAUUGUGAAUUCCAAAAAAGAAAUGUUUUAUCAAUGAAUAAAUAAAAGUGCAAAUACUUUUCACAUCCGCUCCACUGAAAGUAAUCUUCAUUCCUUUCCGUUCUGAAAGCACGAACGAGAAAAAAAUUUCAAUCAUCGAAUUUUCGCUGUUAAUCGUAUGUAAGCAAUAUACAAAUAAUGUAAUAUAUACGUUGCUAUAUACGUUUUUCCGUUUCUCGAAUUUUAGAUGUUCGUUAGUUCCUUUUUCGCGGUGGACUGUUAUCGAGAGACGCUUUGACAAAUGUUAAUAUAACGAGUAUUUUAUAUUCAGAUUAUUAUACGAGUAUCCGCCCUUGGAUUGGAGUUGUGAAAGAAUUUCGAAAUGUGUGCCUGUACAAUGAUAUUUUUCAAAUGUUCUGUAGCGUCGUGGAAAUAUUUUAUGCGAAUAAAAGGCUGGUUUUAUAUUUU